AUGUGCAACCAUCCAGUUGUAAUGUUUCUUUUCCUCUGUUUACGAGUUUUAAUUUAUUUACCUUGCCAUCAACUUGAAAACGAGAUUGUUACUAUGGCCUCCCGAACAAAGUCUGUAGCCGACUUCACUGGACGCUUAGUAAAUGGAGGUUUACGAUAUCGACCUCUAGAUGAUCUGAAGGCUAUAUUCAAAACAAGAGUACAAGAAGGCUCUCGUAAACUAGAUAAAAACCCUGCUGACUGUUCAAAAACAUGGGCUUCAAAUUUAAAGAAACACCCCUGUUACCUACAGCUGCCUCCUAUGUCUUUACCAGCUCAACUCGAUGCAGUGGCUAUUGACUACCUUCGAGAGCAUUCCGUUUCUCCUCCAAAGGCAAUUGAAGAUCGUUCCAAAAUUCUUGCUGAUUAUCUUUGGUCACGGCCUCUUUUGUCAGAGGAAACGAUUGUACAGAAAUCACUCAACAUGAAAAAGUCGAAAGACGUGGAUGAGGAAGAUGAGGAUGAUGGUCUGACUUUCGCUCUAGAGAACUUUGCUGAUCAGCGUGAGGCUCGAAUUUCCAGGGAGCUAAGUUUGAAAUCCUGGAAAUCUCUAAGCUAUUCUGGACAUACUUGUGAACUUUAUUUGGUCUCGCGUUUGGCUCCCAACUUUGCGUCAGCUUGUCGAGUCCUGUAUGAGAUUCGUAAACGAUGUCCUAAUUUUAUUCCAAGGUCACUGUUUGACUUUGGCUCUGGUCUAGGCACAGUUACUUGGGCUACAAAUACUGUCUGGCCGGUAGGCUGCGUACGUGAACACUAUUUGGUAGAACCAUCCUUACACAUGACCCGACUCUCUGAGUUCAUGUUCCGUAAGCAGGGAACUGUCCAACCUUCCGAAAAUAUCUUCCCUGGAGUUUAUCAUCGCCGCUUCAUGCCUGGUAGAAAAAAUCAGUAUAAUUUAGUGGUCAGCGCUAAUACAUUGAUUGAACUACCGUGUGCAUCUGCUCGUCACCGUGCUGUUUCGUCUCUGUGGGAGAAAACAACAGAUUUUCUGGUCUUAAUUGAACAAGGCACAAAGUCUGGUUUUAAAGCAAUAAAUGAAGCAAGAGAAUACUUGCUUACGAAUGGUGGACCUGAUGUUCGUAUAUUUAGCCCUUGUCCCCAUGCACAAACUUGUCCGAAAAAGAAUUCCGUUUGUAAUCUUACAGUACAGUAUUAUAGCUUUGGUCUUACACGAUUUAAAAGCGAACCAUGUACCGAAUUAGUUUCCUACUUAAUUAUUUCUCGAGGAGAUUGGCGAAGACACCAGAUUCCAGUUGUUAAGCCUGAGCCACACGAGUUGCCUCGAAUAGUUUCUUACAACUUGUCUAAACGUAGUUGUAUCAUGCAUGAUGUCUGUUUGCCUUGUGGUGCAGUCGAACGUGCCGUUUUCCCUAAACGACAGUCAGAGACGAGUCUGUAUUACUUUAUGAGACAUGCACGUGCAGGUGAUAUUGUGCCGGCUGAAGUAGUGAACAAAGGUGAGUAUAACUUGCUUGAGGAUGCAAUCGGAGAUGAUGAAAACAAGAUAGUGGAGUCUGUCAAAUCAUCCACAUAA